CCAUCAUCUUCCUCCUUAAACCCUGACACUUCUCUCUCUCUCUCUGUUCAAACCCCACUUCUCCAAUCACUCAUAUUUCAACCAAAACCAAAUGUACUCUUCGAUCCUUCUGGAGCGUCAUAGAACCUUCUCGAAGCUCCUCUGCGCUCUCAUCUUCACGCGCCCCAUGGGCGGGGGGCCACGCACCUUCCCCGGCGGCGUAAACAAGUGGCAAUGGAAGCGCAUGCACGAGAAGCGAGCCAGAGAGAAACAGAAUCGGCUUCUCGAGCAGGAAAAGCAGAUCUACCAGGCUCGAAUCCGCUCCGAAAUCCGUGUCAAACUCGCUGGAAAAACCGACCCGAAUCCGACCACUGACCCGUCCACCAGUCAUGGCCCGAUGAGCACCAGUGACCACAUUACAGCCCUAGCCAACCGCUUCAUGAAAGAAGGAGCCGAAGAUCUGUGGAACGAGGACGACGGUCCGUUGAAGUCCCUUCCACCGCGCGGACCAGACCAGCGGUCGGGGUUCACCGGGUCGAACGGACGGAGGGGAUCGAUUGGGUCGCCGAUCGAUUUGAGGAGGCUGGUCUCGGAAGGGCGGGAAAAUUCGAAUUUGACAAACCUCAAUGGCAAUUCCGUAAGGAACUACUCCGUGCAGAGGUGGAGGCGGUUUCGGCGAAACGGUAGCUCAGACAGCUCCGACGACGACUCGGAUUACCGUCCGGUAGUGAGCGAGCCGGCCAGGCCCUUUGCGAGGAAUUUGGCGGGCAAUCGGAGAGAUACGAAUUCGAAAAAUGCAAAAUUCUGUAGGGAUGAUAAGAGUUCUGGGACCGAUGAUUCGGGUUUCAUGGGAGAGUCAGAGAGGUAUUUCGCUGGAAAUUCGAGUUUGAGGUGGCCGAGGCUGAGUGUGGAUGGAGAGGAGGGAGUGAAGGAUGAGAAUGAGGGAGUGAGAGGUGGGAGGGAAGUGAGGAAGGUGGUGGGGAGUAGUGCUUCUCUGGGGAAGUAUGAUGUGAAGAUAACGAAGAGGGUGCCGCUGAGGUCGUUGGAGGAGGAGUGUGAUUUUUCAGGGGAUGUGGAGUUGAUAAGGCAUGAGCUUAGCAAGAGAAGGAGUUUGGUUGAGAAUGGGAGGCAGAAGGGUGAGGAAUCGGUUCUUAGUCAGAAAAGAUUUGAUGAGUGUGGCAUAUCUCCAUUGACAGUCAAGGCACUUUCCGCUGCUGGGUAUGUUCAAAUGACACGGGUACAGGAGGCUACUCUAUCUGUUUGCCUUGAGGGCAAGGAUGCUUUGGCGAAAGCUAAAACUGGUACAGGCAAAACUGCAGCCUUUUUGCUUCCUACUAUUGAAGCAGUUCUAAAGGCUACAAGUGAAAAUACUGUUCAACGGGUGCCUCCAAUUUAUGCUCUUGUUCUCUGCCCAACAAGGGAACUUGCGAGUCAGAUUGCUGCAGAAGCAAAGGUUAUGCUAAAGUACCAUGAUGGCAUAGGUGUGCAGACGCUAGUUGGAGGUACACGUUUCAAAGAUGACCAGAAACGACUAGAAUCAGAUCCAUGCCAGAUAAUAGUUGCAACUCCUGGUAGGUUGCUGGACCAUAUUGAAAAUAGGUCUGGCUUGUCUGUCCGUUUGAUGGGAUUGAAGAUGCUCGUCCUUGAUGAAGCCGAUCACUUGCUAGACUUGGGAUUUCGGAAGGACAUGGAGAAGAUUGUUGAUUGUUUGCCCCGUCAAAGACAGUCCCUGCUGUUUUCUGCAACCAUCCCGAAAGAGGUUCGCCGAAUAUCUCAACUUGUUUUGAAAAGAGAACAUGCUUUUAUUGACACAGUGGGUCUGGGUUGUGUAGAAACUCCUACUCAGGUUCAGCAGUCUUGUCUUGUUGCUUCGCAUGAAUUACAUUCUCAAAUAGUGUAUCAUCUUUUGAAGGAACAUAUCUCGCAUUCACCUGACUACAAGGUUGUUGUCUUUUGUACAACUGGGAUGGUAACGUCACUUAUGUAUCUAAUUCUCCGGGAAAUGAAAAUGAAUGUUAGGGAGAUACAUUCUAGAAAGCCCCAGCUUUACAGAACUCGCAUAUCUGAUGAAUUCAGGGCAUCAAAGCGACUGAUUCUUGUCACAUCUGAUGUUUCAGCACGUGGAAUAAAUUACCCUGAUGUUACUUUGGUCAUCCAGAUAGGAAUUCCUUCUGACCGGGAACAGUAUAUACAUCGCCUUGGAAGAACUGGACGGGAAGGCAAAGAAGGGGAAGGCAUAUUGUUGCUUGCACCAUGGGAAGAAUAUUUCUUAGAUGAAAUUAAAGACCUGCCUCUUGAGAAAGUUCCUUUAUCGCAUUUGGAUCCAGACAUAAAGUUAAAGAUUGAAGAAUCGUUGGCAAAGAUCGACGGCAGUGUCAAAGAAGCAGCAUAUCAUGCUUGGCUUGGGUAUUAUAACUCAAUCAAGGAAAUUGGGAGGGAUAAGACCACUCUUGUUGAAUUAGCCAACCAAUAUUGUCAGUCAAUUGGUUUACAGAAGCCUCCUUCACUCUUCAGGAAGACUGCUCUUAAAAUGGGUUUGAAAGGCAUCCCUGGCAUACGAACUAGGAAUUAAAUUUGUCUGGGAGUUUAGGCAAAGCUCAAAAUGUACACCAAAAACCAUUAUAUUGUUUUGUGUAAAUAAUUGUAGCAACAAGGUUUAAGAUUAUGAUAGCAUUGUUGUAUUGAUGCCA